GCUCCCAUUUUCCUCAUGCCCCGAGAGCCCUCCUCACCGACAGAAUUGGCAAAUCCACAACCGCAGCAGAUAGUUCGUCUUCUGCUCCAAGUGGCCAGGAGGGACUUGCCCUUUAUAGAGCAAAUGCAAACGAGUUGCUUCAGAGUGCCGCGACUUUUCCUACUCGACUGUCGUCGCAACCUCUUAGCACACGAGAGAGAUAAUGACCCACCGCUGCAGUGCAGUCUACGGUACUGCAUUCCAUUGGGAUCCGAAAAUCCACCAAUUGCCAGCUUGCAGCAACCGUUGAAGGCAUCGGCACUAAGCUCUGGUGCUACCACGCCUACUUCACAACUGAAAGGAAGUUAUCAGCGUAAGCUAUUCGGAUCGGUGGGAAGUCCAGCACCCUCGACUCCGCCCCCAACUGAUGAGACAAAACCCCCGACACCUCACACCACACCGGCUAUCCUAAAGCCCCUACGUACAAUGUCUUUCAAGUUCCGAGUUAGACGAAGUCCUUUUAAGCGACGUCCGCUGAAGGCAAUUCAGCUGCCAACGUUGUCGCCAGUGAAAGAUGGCAACGAUUGA